UUUUCAAGGUAUACCUACGUUACCCAUGUGUAGUACACAAGUGGAUUCUCUCCAAUUCAUCUGGAGGUUACAGACUUGAGUUUAAUGUGAAACCACUCGUCUUCCAUGGCGGGUUAGUUUCAGUGGCAAAGGACGAUUGAGCAAAAUUAUUGGUGAAAAGAGUUACGUCAUUGUUAGGCAAAGGAUUUAUCAGAGUCCCGGCAGCCGACAGAACUCGUCAGAGUUAUUAUUUCUGGAACAAUUUCCACAAUGGAAAUGUCAUUUUCGCCUUAUACUAGAGCUGAAAAUCCAAAGAGGAGAUCGCUAUUUAGCGAAAGCGGGGUUUUUUAAAAAGUUUUUUUUUAGCUUAGAUAAUGAAUAUCAGCCCGUUCCUUUCGGACUUUCACUGACACCGAGAGUGAUCGUGUUGUAUGUGCAAGCAGCGGGACAUUGGCAUCCGAUUUGUUUUGAAAUAUUCCAGCUCACUAGAGCAGGUGGUCCGAUAUUCUACAGCUGUGCUAAAUCAUCCAAUGGAUCUGGGUUUCAACAUAAAUCGCGUAAAAUGUUGAGCGGAGACAGUACAGUGUACAGAAUACAUGAGACUCGUGGCCCUUGCCUACUCGAGUUCAUGGCCUCAGUGUUCUCUGUUAUAAACCUGGGGCUAAUGAUGGGAGAUUUUCAGCGUCAGGUCACUACAUUACGGUUAUAGCCACACCGUCACCUCGAUUGUGAGGUGCGAGAGACACAGACGUGUAUGAGUCUACCUGGAUCUGUGGAGGAGAAAAGCGCUACUCACGUCAGACGUCCUGCUCAGAACUUUAUUGUCCAAAGUAACCUUGGCAACAAACGCGACUCUGUCACUAGACCGUUGUUUAUCAAUAGUUACAUGAUACAUUUUCUUUAUCCGUAGAUGUGCCAGUAUUUGCAGAUGCCACCGUGUUGGUGUUGUUGGGAAAUAAAUGAACACAACAAAUGUACGAGUGUAAAUACAACUACAACUCACGGUGAUUUGAGCUUUGUGAUGCAAGUAUAUAUUUCAAUAUUUCUCUUCUAGAAAGUGGAAGAAAGAAAUUGAUUGGUGUUAUAUUUUUAGCUUUUAGUUCUGCUAAUCCUGCAUUUGCUGUUAACUAAAUAUAUAAUGUGCUUAUAAGCAUUUCGCUUCAGUAGAUCUUUCUGAGCUUUGUCAAGGAUUUUCAGAGAAAAUCUUCAGAAAUUCUUUUUCAUUUAAAAGAAAGCAGAACUUUCAUCACUGACUUCCUGUGUUAUUCAAACCCACAAGCCUGCUUCUUUUUACAGAACGCACAGUUGUCUAGGGGAUAUUUCUUGAAACUUGCAGUUAGAGAGAUCACGUAAGUCAAGAUGAGGUGCGAUUUUAAAGGCGCUCUGCUGCCCACUGUGCUCCCUCCAGUGCUGCUGAUGGAGAUAGUGUUGGGAAUCUUAGCAAAUGGUUUUGCUCUUUGGAUCUUCUGUUUCCAGCUGAAGCCAUGGAAGAGCAGCACAGUGUUGCUAUUUAAUCUGGCUGUGGCAGACUUUCUCCUCAUCAUGGCUUUGCCUUUUCGUGCCAGCUACUACCUGUCAGGGAUCAACUGGAUGUUUGGAGAGAGCGUCUGCAACAUCAUUCUCUUCAUGUUGGCCAUGAAUCGCAGUGGGAGCACCUUCUUCUUGAUGGCCAUUGCUCUGGACAGAUACAUGUGUGUGGUGCAUCCUCAUCAUCCCAUCAACUCCGUGAGUGUUUCAAAGGCCAUGCUGGGAGCACUCAUUUUAUGGUUGGUCCCUGUUGCUAUGACAGCUCAUGUUUUUUCACUGAAACAUGUCAACACCACCAAAUGUGAAAGUUUCGUGAUUGAAACCGAAACGGACCACAGCCUCAACUGGCACAAGACUGUGUUUCUCCUCUCCUUCUACCUGCCAUUGUCCAUGAUCAUUUACUGCACCUUCCACAUCGUUGUCCAACUCAGAAGGAGACGGCUUGGACAGCAGGCAAAAAUGAAGAGAGCUCUGUGCUUCAUCGCAGUUGUGGUGAUACUCUUCAUCGUCUGCUUCUUGCCCAGCAACAUUACAGAGGUGCUCAUUUGGAUCAAAACUCACCAGGUUGUCCACAGCCUUCCACAAUCAGAAAUCUGUCCUGCCAUGGAGGAAAUGACUAACACCUUCUUCAUCUCCAUCAGCCUGACCUAUUUCAACAGCGCCAUGGAUCCUUUGGUCUACUACUUCUCGAUCCCAGCUUUUAAGAACAUCUGUCGAAAAGUGCUUUUCCUGGAACCAGCAGAGCCCAGUGGAAGCACAGAUAAGAAAACCAAAGAAACUGGCUCUCACUCGCUCAGCCAGCUGUGAUGACUGAGUUCAAGGAAAAAAACAACAGUGUUGUUGUCAGUCAUGGUGGUUUUAAAGUUAACCACAUCUUUGUUCUUUAUAAAGGCCACUUUUGAAGUCAUGAGAAAUCGUGAUUCUAAUGGUUGUUAGAGUAAAAGAACAAGCAAGUGGAGAACAAAAUUUAAUUAGUAGCAUCACAAAUCUACUGGUUACAUCAAAGUAUUCAAGCCGCAUAUAAUGAGCUGUUAAAAAGUUACCUAUAAGACUGUUGACUUUGUUCUAUAAAAACUAAUGAAUAUUUGUUUUUUGCCUUUUUAACUGUUCUUUUAAAGUCACAUUCCAUGAUUUUGUGAAAUAACCUGUCAACAAUAUUUGGUACACUUCUUUACAAUUAUCAAAGUGUAUUGUAGGAAUAAAAUAUUUAAAAAUUAUUUAUAAAACUAUAUAUAUAUAUAUAUAUAUAUAUAUAUAUACAACAUUUUAUACAACAAAAUACAUUUACAUUUCACAGACACUUUCAUCCAAAGCAACCUACAAGAGGAGGCCAAGCAUGUGGUUCCUCUGGGAAUCAAACCCAUGACUCUGACUCUGCUUCUGAGGCAGGCGUGCUAACCACUACUUCAGGGCUCAUCAACAUGAUGCCCCAGGGGCACCUGGUAGCCGCCAAGUACUACCUAAGGUGCCCACACAGUGUAUUCUUCAAAUAAAACCAGUCAACCAAUUAAACUUGCAAUGAUAUUCAAAUGAGUGCAAUGACAAUGGUAAGAAGAGUGUCUACUAUUGUAUGUACCAUAAAUAUUUACAUGAUUAGUACGUAUUACAAAUUACAUUCAACUUGAUGUUUCCUCGUAUCACAAGGAAAAUCUUAAUUUAAUAGUUGCUUACUCUUAACUCGUAUUUCGGGUAGCUCAUAUAUCUGUAUAUGUAUGAGUCUUUUCUUUUAACCCAUUCUUCAAAGUCAGAAGAAUUGGUGGUGGUUCACUGUACAUCACAUACUGUACAUUAAAACAAUCUUCUUCAGAUUUUCACUUUUUACCCGCUCUUAGUAUAGAGCGAAAAAAAAUUCCCAUUACCCAGUGCUCCGUAUAUUGCAGAUACCACUCUCCCUCAAUUAUGUAUACAAAGAUGUUAAAUAAAUUAAUAUCUUAAUGAUCUUUGUAAAUAUGAUGUCUAUGGUUCAAUCUAAUGUUCUCUGUUUUAAUAUAAACUGUCAAUAAAGAUCAGUGUCUCUUCAGCAGCGGCCAGUUUUUCCUUAGUCUGAAACUUAGCAGAACAUUGCACUGUUUCUCAACAAUACCAUUUCACAUGUCUCAUUGCUGAAAUAUUUAUUCAAAUUUUACAUCAGAAAUUGGGUUACAAAUGUUAAGAGUAAAUAUGUACAAACAGUGCAUUAUGGCCCAAAGACAAACAAAGCAGGGUGAUAUUAAUGGGGUGGUGUGUCAGUCCAUCCAACUCCAUUCAGAAUUCACAUUGAGAAAUUCCUAAAAUUAAAACCAAAGCACAAUUACAAGUCUGCAUUGUAAUAACAAGAAAUGUGUUCUUAAUGCUGUUAUAUAACACUGCUGGUGUUAAAUGAUAGCAGCAGUUUGAGUUACCUUCAGGCAGUUAGAUCCAAAUCUAACAGGAAAGGGUAUCUUUGGAAUAUGAAAAACAUCCAUUUGUACACAGAUUAUUUUGUACUUCAAAUUAAAAAGUCAUGUUUUCA